AUGAGGGUAGUCGUUGUUACAAGGACACUCGAAUUUGUAAUGGAAGUGGGUCUCCAAGAACCUGUUAUUGAAAUUAAAAUGAAGAUAGAACAAUUUUUAGGUGUCCCUGUGGCUUCACAAACUCUCUCAGUAUCUGGAUGGGAGUUGAUGGAUGGACUUGACAUGGAAGACUAUCCAAUUGUCACUGAAGGUACAAAAAUUGACCUCACCUUCAAAUCCAUGAUUAUAUUACCUCCGUUAAACCAUUGUAGUAAAGUCCAAAUUUUAGUGAAAUUCUCAUCUAGGCAGUUUAACAUAGAGGUAGACACAACAGAAACUGUGCGUAGUCUAAAAGAGAAAAUUCACAUCAUUGAUGGCACACCCAUCAAAAGAAUGUCACUUUUCUAUUGUGGGAUAGAAUUACAAGAAGACUUUCGCAAUCUUACUGAGUAUGGCAUACACGAAUUCUCAGAAAUAAUUGUGUUCGUCAAGGCCAUAAAUCGUCUAAGGGAUGAACCUCCAUCGAAAAGACUAAGUCUAGUGGUGCAAACUUCUUCUAGUUUGCUUAAUGCAGCCAGCAUUCCUGUGGAAUUGAAGGAUUCAUGCACUGUAAAUGACUUGAGGCAAUUAUUAUUGAGCAAAAAAAUUCUUCCCAUUGAUGAUUAUUUGUUUAUACACAAGCAGAGGAUUAUGCGUGACAAUUGCAGCCUCCGGUGGCAUGGUGUUGAAAAUGGGGACCCUCUCUAUGUGUUCAAAGGAACUAUCAGUAGAAAUGGAUAUUGA